AUGGAGCUACAGCCGGACACGAGCCACAAGGAGAACGUGCCCCCGAGGCUUGGGGCACCCCUGAGGCCAGAGCAACAGAGAUUCCGAAGGAGCCCGGGCGUCAGCCUGGGCAGUGGAUGUGGCCAGUGGGUGCCCAAGAGGGGGAGGCCUGCUGCCACACCCUCCCUGGGGGCAGUGCUGCACCAGGAGCCCUGCAGGGUCCAGACCAACCUUGCCAGCCCUGGUGCCCUCCUGGGCCUAGUCCUGAAGGACAGCAUGGGCCCACUGAUCAAGGCAAGCUUCUGGCAACAGAGUAACCUGCAGCCCGCAGCUGGGAGGCCCCGGGGCAAGGCCCGAGAGUUUGCCCAGCAGAGUAACCUGAGCAUAAGCGAGACCACCAGCCCCCGCCUCUGGCAGGAGCCUCGGGAAAGCUUGGGGCCCCACAUGCUGCCCUGCGGAAGUCCCCUACCCCAAGAGCCACUGGCUCGCCCAUCCCGCAGCCUGAUGCAGUCCAGGCUGCUGGCCACAGACACCCAGAGCCUGGACUUCAGGCCCGCUGCAGGCUUUGCCCCUCUCAAUGGGCGCACACAGCCAGGCCCCAGAUCCUGGCGUGGCCCGGGGAACUGGACCCCCAGGCUUGAGGGGGGACCCCUCACCCUGGAGGACCUGGCUGCCCCUGCCCAGAGCCAGGCUCGGGCCCCGUCCCACGCUGCCGUCCACCAGCUACUGGCCUCUGUACGACGCCUGGAGCAGGAGGCGGGCCGUCUCAAGUGCAGGGCGUCCCAGGAGUCCCCAGGUGCUGCUCAGUGGGACCCCUGGCCUAGCAGUGGCCAGGCACCCCAGCCCAGCCGGCCUGUUCUUGCCUUGUGUCAUGAGAGGAGGAAGAGACACCCCCGAGGCCACAGGGAAACUGCAGAUGGUCAGGCUGGUCUCUCAAACUCUUGGACACGCAGCAAGCCAGCCUUGCCGGAGACCACUUUGGGGAUGCUGCCUGGAGAUCUUGACCCUGAGCAGGGGCCCCUUCCUGCCCACCCCCUAUGGCCUGGGGAGGACUUCUCCCCGGAGCCUGUGUGUGGCAGGGCGCAGAGGGGCCACCCCCGUCUCCCUCAAGGGGUGAGGAGCAGGGAGGCCACACCCUGCUCUUCAGCCUUCUCUAGCGCAGCCCGGGGGGGCCUACCUAGAUGGAAAGGAGAGGAGGGGGCCCCAAGGGAGCUGGCCAGCAGGAAGGAGGAGAGGACGGCUUCCUGUCUACCAGACAUAGUCCCAGCCAGGAGCACCCCGCAGAACCAGGCCCCAAACAUUGUGGCUCUGGAAGCGGAGGCAGCCCGCCGGCAGCUGCUGUCCAGAUGUCUCAGAGCCUGGAGGCACUUGGCGCGGAGACGGCGGGCCGUGGCAGUCGCGGUGGCACUGGGCCGCCGGCAGCUGUUGCGAAAGGGCCUUCAGGCACUGCGGUGGGCCCUGUGGCUCCGGGAGGCCCGGCUGGAGGCAGCGUGGGGACAAUACACGAAGGCCCUGCUGGCCUGGAGCUUCCGAAAGUGGAGAAACCUGGCUCUGCAACGGGAGCAGGGGAAGCAUCCCAUCCAGGCUGGGUCAGGACUCCCACCCUCCAGGGGGGGCCAGGGCCAGGGCCCCUCCUUGGGAAGGAAGGCAGUAGUGGACCCUGCCCAGAGGAGCAGCUUCACCCUUAGCCCAGGGAGUCCGAGGGAGGCGGAGAGAGCCCCGUGCAUUCGGUCCCAUCCUGGGCAGAGACCAGACGGUGAAGACGGGAAAGUCCAGACGCUGCAGGCCCUGCAGCAACUAGCUGUCUUCCUCCUGUGGUGCCAUCAGAAGGAACAGGCCAGGAAGGAUAGGAGUGUCCCAGGGGAGGCCACCGGGGCCACCCAGAAGACCUGGAGGACAGGGAGGCCCCCCCCAGCCUGGCACUGUCACGCUACACACGCAGCCCGUGUGGACCCCCAGCACCAGAGAGCCUGGCUGUGCAGGUGCUUUGGGGCCUGGCAGCGGUUCGUGCAAAGAGGGUCCCGGUACCGGAACCACCUGGCCGACCGCCAAGCGGGGAUCCUGAGGACAUGCCUGGGACGGUGGGUGCAGAUGAAACAGCUCCGGGUCUCAGAUGGGGCAAAGGUGACCCAGCUGUCCCUGUGCCUGCAGAAGUCAGGGCUCAUGGUCCUCUGCAGCUCAGGCCCUGGAGCCACCAAGGUGCAUGGCUUGGGGGCAGUGGCCCAGGCGCAGAGGCUGUCCCAGGAGCAAGGCCGGGGCUCCCUGCAGGAAGCCUGCCAGAGACUGGCCCUCCACCGGGUGAUGCUGCUCUGGAGGACGCGGCUCUCCCAGCGCCAGCGGGCCGACUCCUUCUUCCAGAGCGUGCGGCACCGGAUUAUGCGGCGCAUACUGAGGCGGUGGCGCUUGAGGGCGUGGGGCCCGGGCACCCCGUCAGGCUGUGCCAGGAUCGCCUUGGUCCUGGAGCCACCGGGCAGCGUCCUGCCAGGGCAGGCCUCGCUGGGCUGCAGCACACCCUGCAGCUCACUGGAGAAGGUGAGGGGUGGGCAGCAGCAGGGGCUGUGCCUUCUGCUUUGGCAGGUGCCGGCCCAGCAGUGCCGGGGCGCAGUGAGGUGGUGCCAGCGCACCCUCCAGAGGCGUGUCCUCCUCAGCUGGAGCCACUGGGUCACAGCCCAAGCGGACAGGAGAAAGCUGGCUGCCCGCUGGGCCUGGGGUCGGAGCUGCAGGGCUGCGCUGGGCCUGUGGCGGCGGCGGCUGGGGCAGUGGCAGGAGGCGGAGCGGCGGGCUCAGGAGCGGGGCUGGCGACUGGCGCGUGACGCCCUGCGCUGCUGGCACUCUUGCUGGCAGAGGCAGCAGUUCCUGCGUGAAAAGCAGCAGAGGUGGGUGCAGGUCCGCCUCCAGGGCCUGCGGAGGGCUGUGUUCCGGGUCUGGCAACAGGCGAUGCUUCAUCGGAGACACAUGGUGGCCCAGCCAGAGCCACUGCUACUGCAGAGCUACUUCCAGGCCUGGCGUGAGGUUGCGAGAGACCCAGGGGCGCCCCAGGCCCAGCAUCGAGACUUCCAGGAUGGCCUGAGGAAAAGGGCACUGGCGGCCACACGUCCCACGUGGCGGGAAGCCCCAGCGGCGGCAGUCCGGGCACAGGAGCAGCUUGUGGCCCAGGCCUCCCUCGCCCGCUGGAGAAGCCGCGCGCAGCGGGGCCGGGCAGACAGGCAGCUGAGGUGGGCCCGGGCCCGGCAGGCCUUCGGAGCAUGGCAAGUGGCCCUGGGCCUGCGCCGUGGGGCCCAGCAGCUGGCAGAAUGGAGAGCUGGGGCCCGGAUGGCCCUGUGCUGGACCCCGGGGGUGUGCCAGUCCCACCUUGGCCAGGCCAGCGGAGCACACACUGCCCGGAAGCCGAGUGCCCGGGUUCUAGAGGCCUGGGCCCAGUUGAUGGCCCAGGGCCGUGUCCAGCGAGCUGCUGUCACCCAGCUCCAGCAGGCUGGGCUCAGGCGCCUCCUGCAGAUCCACUGGGCGCAGUGGUGGACAGCGUUGCUCAGAGUGCGUCAGGGCCGGCGGGCUGAGGCCCAGGAAGCUAGCACGGUCUGCUCCAGGCCCCAGGCCAACCUUAUGCACUGGCCCAGGAUGGCCAGCAGGGGGCACCUCCUGCUGCGGCUGGACACCCCAGCCCCUUGGAAGCAGGUGAGCGGCGGCCCAGUGUGCACGUGCCCAGGCAGCGCACCUGGUGACACAUGCAGGUAUCAGGCCAUCUUGUGGUGGCACAGAGGCCCCUUGGAGGGCCCCUUCUGUGUAGAGUACCAGCCGGGGGCUUGGACUCUGGAGUCCGACCACUUCCAGGAGGCACAGGGCAGGGCAGGAAAAGACAACCCCCACCCCCUGGCCUGGGCCCCAGGAGGCCCAAGCCUGCUGCAUGCAGGUUUUCCUCUCUGGCUGUUCCCUCAGACCCACAGCUGCUGGACACAGGCCAGAGGGCCAGUGCUGCCUGGGCCAGCACUGCAGCACAGCCUUGGUGGACAGAGGACACAAAGGGAAACGUCCUGGGCUCAGAGUAAGGAGACCUUGCCUCGGGUGACAAGUGCAGGGGUGAGGCGUCACCAGCCCUCAGGGGUCUAGAGUCAGCCCCUUAGCAAAUUGGUCUUCUGGGUAUUUACUCUUUUCCCCACCCAUUUCCUCUUAAGCAGCUGUUUUGAGAAAACACUUGGUUUUCCUGUCCCACCCUGUCAGUUUUGUUUGGGCAGCAGCCCGGAGCCAUGGGAGGCUGAGAUGUGGGGACUCGGGGGCGCCAUGCUUAGCUCUACACCUUCGUCGACCCUCUUUGUUGCUCUCAGCUUCUAGGCGCAUGCCAAGGCACAAGCCGCCUUGCUGGACCAAUGUGUUAACCUCUUCUGACUCCACUCCCCUUUCCAGGCUGGCUGCAGUGGCCUGGCUGUAGCUGGGCCCUAGGCCCGCCCCCGACGGGAU